AAAGUUAGAACCCUUACAAAUACAAACUUCUACAUGCAUAAUUGAGUACUAACAACUGUUUGAAUCUAUAUGUGUACACUGAACAAGAAAAAAAUAUGUCUUUUUAUAUCUGUCUCCGUAGAUAAAUGGGAACAGAAAAAAGAAGAAACCAGAACCAAACAAACAACAUUGAAUUAAUGAUGUAUAUCCAUUCUUCUACACCUCUUCUUUCUCGAACUUUCACCUUGCUUUGUCUGAAUUGUUUAUUAUUCAACCAACCAUAACUUCUUCACCUGCUACUGUCUCAGAUUUUGGUUUUUGAGGAACUUGGGUGGAGCUGGAAGUUGCAAAGUUCUCAACUUUUUGAAUUUUAUCUGUUGAAUUUCAUUCAAUUUUGCAGCAUUAUUAAAAGAUUUUGUUUACAAGAUAUUGAAGAGUUGAUGGGUCACUUUUCAUCUGUGUUCAAUGGGUUGGCAAAGUCAUUAGCAAUGAAGAAAAGGAGUAAAUGUAGCGGGAGAGAAGCUGCUGAAGCAAUGGCAAAGGAAGCAAAAAGAAAUCACUCUAUACUCCAUAGUUCUGGCACUGUUAAUGUUGAUGGUUCAAACAACUUUGCCUCAAUUUUCUCCAAAAGAGGCAAGAAAGGAGUUAACCAAGAUUGUUGCAUAGUGUGGGAAGAAUUUGGAUGCCAAGAGGACAUGAUAUUCUGUGGGAUUUUUGAUGGGCAUGGUCCUUGGGGUCACUAUGUGUCAAGAAGUGUAAGAGAAUCAAUGCCAUCAUCUUUGCUAUGCAAUUGGCAAGAGACACUUUCACAAACUUCACUUGAUCCAGAUGUUGAUUUAGAGACACAGAAAAAACAACAAAGGUUUAAUAUAUGGGAACAUUCUUACUUGAAGACAUGUGCUGCCAUUGAUCGUGAACUUGAGCAGAAUCGCAAGAUUGAUUCUUUUUUCAGCGGAACAACUGCAUUAUCAAUUGUUAGACAGGGUGAACUGAUUGUGAUUGCAAAUGUUGGCGAUUCUCGCGCAGUUUUAGCUACAACAUCAGAUGAUGGAAAUGUGCACCGCGUGUGGUUGCCAGACGAGGAGUCUCCAGGACUAGCCAUGUCAAGGGCUUUUGGUGAUUAUUGUAUUAAAGAGUAUGGUCUUAUUUCAGUGCCUGAAGUAACACAAAGAAAUAUAACAAGCAGAGAUCAAUUUGUUGUGCUAGCCACUGAUGGGGUGUGGGAUGUAAUAUCCAACCAAGAAGCAGUGGAUAUUGUAUCUUCAACAAAAGACAGAACAAGUUCAGCUAAACAUUUGGUGGAGUGUGCAAUGCAUGCAUGGAAACGUAAGAGGCGUGGUAUUGCUAUGGAUGACAUUUCAGCUAUAUGUCUAUUUUUUCAUUCCUAGUCUUCACACUCAAAUUUAUCAUUAUUAUUAUUAUUAUUAUGUAAAAUUUGCUAGUCAAGCCAUUUAUUUGGUGUUCAAUUUUAUCAAUGGACAGUGUGUUUCGAAAAUUACCAAAUUCACGUUUGUGAGAGAGUUCUAAAUCACAUAAUGUAAAAUGAGGCAAUUAAAAUUAGAA